AUGCAGUGCGAUGAACAGAAGCCAGCAUGCACCAACUGCAGAAAUCACGAUAUCGACUGCACCUUCUCAGCAGCUGACACAAGAUCCACUGAUGGCACACCACCACCAAGAAACUACCGCUUUCGAUCCUAUGACUUCACGUUCGACAACAAACGCAAACACAAAGCAAAAGCAUCUUCCACAACAGAUCAACACCGAGACUCCCCCACAGAGACACAACCACAACCACCCGGCGCAAUAUCCUACCCCGAUCUACAACUUUUCCACAACUUCGUGAUCGAAACCUACCGCACUCUGGCGGAUACCCCCGAAGCGGAAAAUGUAUGGCAGAGGCAUAUUGUCCAAUGGGGCAUUGCCUUCCCCUCUAUCUUACAUCUGAUACUGGCCAUAUCAGCACUGCAUCUGGGCCAUGAAAACCCCGCUCUCCGAGACCAGUACGUCCAGCAAGCAGGCGAUCAUUUCACCUUUGGUGUCCGCUCGGUCACUUCUAUAUUAAACCAGCUAAACGAAGACAACUGUCAAAAGGUCUACAUCUCAGCUGUGUUGAUCUGUUUCAUCUAUUUCGCACGAAGACCUCAUGCCGGCGAAUACCUGAUUUUCAGUGAUGAUGGCCCUGGCGAAUGGCAGGCUCUUAUGCAUGGAGUGAAGCUCAUUGUACAGUCUUAUCGGGAAAAGGUGUUUAGUGGGGUCCUGAAGCCUGAGUCUGGGCUUGAAGACGGCACCAUCGAUUCCGUCUCCCAGAGUGAAAUGAACGAGUAUACUGUGCAUGUCGACGCAGUCCAGAGCCUGGUAGAGAAAGAGAUUGCUGAAAGUGACCGCGGAAUUUACGACGCAGGGAUUCAAGACUUGUUGUCAGUGAUGAGGGCGGUUUAUAUGAAGCGAUCAUCACAGAUUCGAGCCACGGGCUUCAUGCAGGUGCUUAUUGGAUGGCUGUAUCGACUCCCUGAGGAGAUGGUGAGUCUGCUGGAGCAGAAGGAGCCGGUUGCGCUUAUUAUCCUUGCUCAUUGGGGGAUGCUACUGAAGUAUAUGAGGUCGGUCUGGUUUAUGGAGGGCUGGGAUGGACAUAUAGUGUCUGGUGUUCGCUCUGCAUUGCCUGCAAACUUGCAGCACUGGAUUGAGUGGCUAGAGAAGAAGGUGGAAAAGGAAGAAUGA